AUGGAGAGAGGGGGUUUUGGAGGAGGGGUGUGUGACCUGUGUGAUGACCUGUGUGAUGACCUGUGUGAUGACCUGUGUGAUGACAUGUGUGAUGACCUGUGUGAUGACAUGUGUGAUGACCUGUGUGAUGACAUGUGUGAUGACCUGUGUGAUGACAUGUGUGAUGGCAUGUGUGAUGACCUGUGUGAUGACCUGUGUGAUGACCUGUGCGAUGACCUGUGCGAUGACAUGAGUGAUGACCUGUGUGAUGACCUGUGUGAUGACAUGUGUGAUGACCUGUGUGAUGACCUGUGUGAUGACAUGUGUGAUGACCUGUGUGAUGACCUGUGUGAUGACCUGUGUGAUGACCUGUGUGAUGACCUGUGUGAUGACAUGUGUGAUGACAUGAGUGAUGACAUGUGUGAUGACAUGUGCGAUGACAUGUGUGAUGACAUGAGUGAUGACAUGUGUGAUGACAUGUGCGAUGACAUGAGUGAUGACAUGUGUGAUGACCUGUGUGAUGACCUGUGUGAUGACCUGUGUGAUGACAUGAGUGAUGACAUGUGUGAUGACCUGUGUGAUGACCUGUGUGAUGACAUGUGUGAUGACCUGUGUGAUGACCUGUGUGAUGACCUGUGUGAUGACAUGAGUGAUGACAUGUGUGAUGACCUGUGUGAUGACAUGUGUGAUGACAUGUGUGAUGACCUGUGUGAUGACCUGUGUGAUGACCUGUGUGAUGACCUGUCAGAAGCAUUGACAGAUGAGUUCCCACACCUGAGGAUUGUGCUUGUUGGGAAAACUGGAGUUGGGAAGAGUGCAUCAGGAAACACCAUCUUAGGAAGAAAAGCCUUUGAGUCUAUAACUUCUUUUUCUUCAUCAGUAGUUGGGUGUCGCAAAGUAACAGGGCAGGUGGAUGGUCACAUCCUGGAUGUAGUUGACACUCCGGGUCUGUUUGACACCCUACUGACUCAGGAGCAGGUGAAGACGGAGAUCGUUAAAUGCGUCUCCUUUGUUGCUCCCGGUCCUCACGUGUUCCUGGUUGUGAUCCAGAUCGGCAGGUUUACAAAAGCAGAAGAAGAAACGAUGAAAAUCCUUCAGAAGAUAUUUGGAGUGGAUGCAGCCUGUUACACCAUAGUCUUGUUCACGUAUGGAGACAAUCUGCCAAACGGAGUCGACAUCGACAAAUCAAUCAGUGGAAAUCGGCCUCUGCAUCGCUUCAUCAAUCAGUGCGGAGGAAGAUAUCAUGUUUUUAACAACAAGAGUGAGGUUCGUUCUCAGGUCAAAGAGCUGCUGGAGAAGAUCAACACCAUGGUUCAGAGAAAUGGAGCAACAUACUACACCAAUGACAUGCUGCAGGAAGCUGAGAGAGCCAUCAGAGAAGAGAUGGUACGACUUCGGAGAGAAAAUCCAGACAUGGGAGAAGAAGAAGCAAGAAGACGGGCGGAGAGGAAGAACAAGAUCCUGAAGGCUGCUGGGAUAGGAGCGGGCCUCGGGAGCAUUUUAGGUCCACUGGGAGCAGCACUGGGAGCAGCAGUGGGAGCAGGAAUCGUAGCAGCAAAGGAGAAAAAAUGUGUCACACAAUAA